UCUAAAAUGUAUUAGGUAUUACUCUUUUCGCAUAGGGAAUUGAACUAUAAGCCUCCUGUCCUGUAGCACUGUUUACGAUCACUAAACAGACAGGACAUUGUUCAAGCAUGUACUUACCUAAAUUAAUUUUGUGGUGGCUUAGAAUAUAAACAAUUAGGUAAAUAACAUUGAGAUACCUAAUGUUGAUCACUUCAAACAUUUUUUGAUAGACAGGCAUCACAAUGUUUUAUUCUAAUUAAUUACGUAGCAGAGUAGGUAAUACAUUUGAUAGACACUAAAAAAGGCGGAAAUACGCAGUGGGAGUCUCUGAUAACAUGGGCGGACCCGACCUAUGUUUACCUUCAGUUAAUUGACCACAACGUUUGGACGCUACGAAAUUGCCCCCGCACACACUCACGAACCACACUUUAAUAACUUUCUUCACUAGUUUGUGCCACUGUUUCCCUUGUUUCAUAUGUAUGAUUCCUAAAUGAUACACACUUAAUUUUAGGUCAUUAGGUAUUUAGUCCACGUUAGGUAUAGAAACGAACCAUUUCAUCGUAUUUGUUAUCCUCCAAAACGUCCAAUUUUAAAUAAUUAUGUCAUCAAAAAGAGGAGAUACGGGAUAUACGAAGGCAUACGAGACAACUUAGAUAAAAUAAAAUAUUUACCCUAACGCAUAAAAAUAUGUAAUAGAUAUACAAACGUACUUACCUACUGUUUGUAUACUUGACAUAAAGGAGCUAUUGCUAUUUCCAUUACCUACAUUGGUAUUUCAUACAGUUCAUUAGUUUGAUGUUGGUAAACGUUGUCGUUUCAUAGUAAAUUAAUAAAACGAAACAGUUUCAAUUCGCUAGCGUGUCGGUUAGUGCGGAGAAAUUUACACAAAUAAUUCAUAAAAAAUAAUCACCAACUAUGAAAGUCGGUGACGUUCCCAAAAAUGGUUAUUUGAUAAAUAAUUCGUACACGUCAAUGAUACCAUUGAUAUGGAUUUUAAAAAUUUUCGCAUUAAACGGUAAUGUAGAUCCGACACGAUCCAAGUCGUCCGUUCUCGUUAGAAGUGUCUGUGCAGUGUCGGUUCUUGGUUCUGUGAGUUUUUAUUGCUUAGCAUACAAAAUACGCUAUAUUUACUAUAAGCUGGAUCUUUCUAUUAGACUUACAGACACGGUUCAGAUAAUUGCAGACAACUGCCAAUAUGCCAUCGAUUUAUACUUCGUUUAUAGAUAUGGAAGGCACAUGUACGUGGAAUACUUCAAACAGUACGAGAAAAUGGAUAACUUCCUUGACACGAACUGUUAUCCUGCGAUGAGAAGAAAAACUAUUAAAAUAAUGACGUAUUUUACAAUUAUUUGGUUUCUAAGUUCUUUUGGUGAUAUGGGAGCAUGGGCCGUAACGUUUGGAUGGUGGAUUCCAUUUGUCCAUAUUAUCUCAUUUGUGUUCCUGUACACUAAAAUGCUGACGACUUUGGACUUGAUAGCCAACGUGAUACAAAUAGAAGCUCGACUUCGAAUGAUCAGUAAUUUUGUUCAAAAUUGCUACACUUGUACGGAAAUGUGUCCGAUUGGGAUGUUGACAGAUUCUGUACGCAACAAAAAUUGGCUGUAUUGCGAAGAUGAGACACCACCACCACAAAGCUCUAAAAUUCGACCAGUGGAUAGUUAUGAAAUUAAGCGGCUUUGCAAGUGUUAUCUUCUAUUGACAGAGCAAGUGAUGUUUAUUAACAAAAUGUAUGGAUUUAGGGUUCUGCUAAACACUUUAAAUCUACUCCUGGACAUGGUCAAAAUAUUGAAUUUGGCAAUCAGAAUCACCGUCGGUUCUCAGAAGACUCUUUAUAAUGGCGACAACUAUAAUUAUUUACCGGGAUUUACGGGCUUAAUGCGUUUUGUAACCUGCGCUACAAUUGUAAUUACUUUAGUAGAUCAGUGUGAACAAACCUAUAGACAAAGAGAGCGCAUCAUCAAUGUGAUCGACCAUCUUAUAUUAAACAAAAGGCCAGAUGAAGAUCUAAAACCUGCCAUACUGGAUUUGAGGACGCUGCUACAAGCCCGGCCCAUAUGCUUCAACAUGUCUAAUUUCUUCGCACUAAAUUAUUCGCUUUUAGUUUCUAUUGCCUCUGUGGUAGUAACAUACACUAUUAUUUUGCUACAAAGUGUAAAUUAAUUAUAUUGUUCUACAUAUUAUUAUGUAGGUACGCAUUAUAAAAAAUAAAAGAAAUUAUAAUCAGAAAGUAUGUAGACCAUCUUAGAUUAAUUAAUAGGUACUCUAAGUAGAACAUAGAAUAAAAUAUAAUUAUGUCAAAGUGACCAAAGUAACCUUAACCUAGGUGCUUAGUCAAUUAUGUUUUCAAGUGUAUUCAUGUGAACUUAACAUUAAAACAAAGUAAUAAUGA